UGUCUCAAAUUUGGUUUCAUUAAACAACAUGAAUUAUUCCGAUCGACAUUCGUAAACGACGCUCUUAUUAGAAUUAAUUCUAUUUUUAUCAAAAAUGCAUAGACUUUACAGGGAAUUUACUCAUGGACGAGACUGAGGAAGCGUUGAGGCUUGAAUCACUAUGGAGACAGAGUCUGUAAGAUCUGAGCUAAGUAGCCGAUCGCGGCGGAGUUCAAGACAUAGAUCUCACACGCAUCGAAGUACCAGGAGUUCAAAGUCACAAAGAAAAGACAGUGACAAUACAAUGGCACCAUUCCAAACCAGUGUUAAUAUAAAUCCUGAAAUGGGAAGAGACGGCCAAGAGGUCAUUGAAGUACAAAUCUUACCCCAAGAUGAAAACUGGGGUGAAAAUACCACUGCAGUGACAGGAAACACUUCUGAAGGAUCCCAAUCAAUGGAAGAUGUUAGCAAUUGGCCUAUGGAGUCUGAUAGUGGCAUAGGAUUUGUGUGCUCUAGAUACUUUGGGACCACAAUUGCACUUGGUUUAUCAUUCGUCUCUUUUGUUAGUCCGUUGGCAAUGGUAGUAUUGCCAAAAAUAGGAUUCUUUCCUGGUCUAACAGAUAAUAUAGCUAUUCAGCCAAGUCAGAGAAUGCAACUGCUCUCUUGUGCUGCAGAAUGUAAAGGCAUACUGCUCUCUUUAGCAUUUAAGUUAGUUUUACUAGCAAUAGGUGUAUGGGCUGUAUUUUUAAGACCGAGGAAUGCAAUAUUACCAAGGAUAUUUGUAUUUAGAGCCAUGACUUUAGUAAUUCUUGCUGUAUGCAUAUUUUCUUAUUGGUUAUUUUAUAUAGUACAAAUUUCUGAAGCUACAAAAGCUUUGGCUGUAGGUGAAGAUGCAAUAGAUUAUAAUUCAUUAGUUUCAUAUGUAUCUAGUUUUGCUGAUACAUUGUUGUUUAUUCAUUAUAUAGCUGUAAUUUUGAUGGAGAUUAGACAUAUAGAACCUGUUUAUUACAUAAAGAUAGUUAGGAGCCCAGAUGGUGAGAGUCGGUCGUAUUCAAUAGGGCAGUUGAGUAUUCAAAGAGCAGCUGUGUGGGUUUUGCAGAAAUAUUAUACAGAAUUUCCAAUAUAUAAUCCAUAUUUGGAGAAAAUAUCCAUUUCGAAAUCCCAGAGGAAAGGACAGAGUAGCAUUAAGUUUUACGAUGUGGAUGGCUCUAAUGCUAACGCACAAUCAGGUCAAGCGAGAUCAACGACCGGGUCAUGUACUGGUAGCGCGGGCCGCCGCCGUGACUCCGGCUCCACCCACAACGAGCGUUACUACGAGGAGGCGGAGCGUGAACGUCGCGUGCGCAAGCGCAGGGCGCGACUACUCACAGCUACUGAAGACGCCUUCGCUCAUGUGCGCAGAGUGAGGGUCUCCAGUGCCAAUGGUAUGUUUGUGACUUAUGAGUUGUGGGUAUAAUGCAUUAACGGUCAAUUGCGCAAACGUCUAUUAAGGUUUUAUGACGACUUUAAGCUCUAAUUAAUAUUCUUAAUUUGUAACGGUAAUUGAUAGUAAAUUAAAUUAAAUUUUUGUAUAUGGAAGUAUAAUAAUUUAUCAAAAUAUACUUAGCCCUGGGGUUCUGCGAACCACCUUUCGGGAAUCGCUUGUCUAUUGUGUGAUACUUUGUCGCAGUACCAUCACGCUCAACAGGCAUUAUUAAAAUAAGAAAAUGUACACAAAUAGAUAUGAUGACUAAUUUUAAGUACAAUAGGGGUGUAGAUAACUUUUAAUAUUUUUAUUUAAAAAGUAUCCUUCAUAUAAUAAGUAAGAAUCUAAAUAAAUUUUUCAAAGUAGUAUUUUAUUAGUUUUUAUUUCGUGCUUUUUAGUUAAUACUAAAACUACUUUUCUGACUACUACUUUUCUCCUAUGCAUUACAAAUACUAUGCUAAAAACCGCAUCAAAAUCGGUUCAGCCAAACGCGAGAUAAUCGCAAACAUACAUACAUACGUACAGGUCAAACUGAGAACCACCUACCACUAAAUCGCCAACUUUCUGUCGUGGCAUCGCUAUUUAUUUAAUUCUUUAAGUUCUGAUAUGAAUAUAAAAUAUAAUAAAUAAAUAGUAUAAAAUAUUUGUUUUCCAUAAUUCAUUUAAACAAUAUUAUAAAAGUGUAAUUUUAUUUUCGUUUACUGUCUGCACCCGUAUAUGUGCAUUUUGUUAGUGUACGUAGGUAUUAAUGCCUGUGUAACGUAGUGGUACUGCGGCCGAGUAUGGCUCUGUAGUGGUGUGAUAUAACCCCGUGUGCGGUCAGGCGGCGCGCUGGGCCCGCGCGAGGCCGCGCAGGCGGUGUUCCCGUCGCUGGCGCGCGCGCUGCAGAAGUACCUGCGCGCCACCAGGCAGCAACCGCGACACUCUGCCGACUCGGUAUUAGCCCAUUUAGCUCGCUGCUUAUCUCAAGACGCCUCCCCUCGCGCAUUCCUCGAACCGUUCUUCGUCGAAGGUCCAGUUCUGGCAGCAGACCAAGAGACGAGGCCGGUACAACGCUGGUCGCUCAUAUCAGACGAGUUGCUCGCGAGACCUUUAGCCCACGGCAUAGAGUUCCAACUCAGACAAGGCGAUAUAUCACUGUUGUGCUCCAUAAAACAAAUACCAAAAGUCAGUCUCGCUGAAGAAGUGGUCGAUCCGAAGAGUAACAGGUUCAUAUUGAGGCUCAAUUCGGAGACGUCAGUUUGACAGGACGAUUUCCUCGAGAGAGAUGAUCACAGAUUGGUAUGACAUUUGGAUUUUAUCUAGUUAUGUUGCACGUUGACUUGAUUCAACAAAAAGGCGACAGACUAGACAUUAUUUUAUUUAUCGUAACUAUGCAGUUUUUUGUCU